AUGUGGCAAGAAAAACUGUGGCGCAAUCUAAAGCAGUUUAAAAUACAUGGCAAAGAAAUACCCGAGGGUGAGAUUGAUGUUGAUGAUCUUAAGGACUAUUUUAUUGACGCUAAUAACAAAUCCAAUCGUGCCAACGCGCUAAAACCUUUCAUAUCUUGUGCUAGUCCAAAACAUGAGUUUCAAUUUAUGGCAGUGAAUGAGGUUGAUGUCAUGAAGACUCUGUCAAAAAUUAAGUCUAAUGCUAUAGGGGAGGAUAAGAUUUCGCUGAAAUUCGUCCAAAUACUCAUGCUUUCCAGCAGUUUGGAAAAAGGCUAUAAUUAUACCAGUUGUGAAGAAGACGAAUGCUAUAUAUGCUAUGUUGGUAAUUCGAAGCGCAAAUGUAUGUGUAUCGCUCAACUUGUGGAAUUUCUCAACAAAACUCAGCGUGAUCCACGCUUGAAUGAGAUUCUACAUCCUUAUGCGAACGCAGCUAGAGCCAAGGAGCUUAUACAGGAGUAUGAGCCGAACAAGUUCAACGCCCAAAAAAAUCAGUUGAGUUUAGAUGGCUUCCUGAGGUACUUAAUGUCAGACGACAAUCCCAUUGUGGCGCCUAGCAAAUUUGACUUAUGUGACGACAUGGACCAGCCUUUAUCGCAUUAUUUUGUAAACUCUUCCCACAACACAUAUUUAAUAGGGCAUCAACUGACAGGCAAAUCAUCGGUGGAAAUUUAUCGUCAAUGUUUGUUGGCCGGAUGCAGAUGCGUGGAAUUGGAUUUUUGGAAUGGCCGCACCGAUGAACCAGUGAUUGUACACGGCUAUACUCUCGUUCCAGAAAUUAAUGCCAGAGAUGCGUUGGAGGCCAUAGCUGAGAGCGCAUUCAAAACAUCAGAAUUUCCUGUGAUAUUGAGCUUUGAAAACCAUUGCAAUCCAAGGCAACAGCAUUUUCCCAGUGUACAUCAGAUAAUGGAAUGCGAUGCUGUUUUUGUGGUUUUAUGUAUACUCACAUUAAAAACGGGGGAUGAACGGAUACCAGCGCAAAGCGUGCAGUGCUUGCAAAUAUCGCCACCACAAGUGAACGAUCAUUAUAACAGACAACAUAUUUAGUAUGUUCCUUUGAACUUCGGACUAAAACCUGUGGAACUUUCAAACUACAAUUUUACUCUCUCAAGUG